GAUGACCCUCAACCUGUCAGCGUUUCGCGAAUGUCAGAUGUGCGUUUGUUUGGGCACAGCGAGACACAGCAGGAUAAGCGCACGUUGAUCCGAGAAAGAAAAACGUAUUUUUGAUAAGUGGCUACAAUGUUACUUCUCAUUAACUAACAUUCUCGUCUUAUUUCCAUUUCUGGAGUCGUUUGAAAACACGGGUUUGCCGCUAAAGAUCUCCAGCCUGCAGUAAGACAUGUCGUUGGCAGAGCCAGCAGAGUUGCUGCUGAUAAGGGACCAGUAUGACCGUGCGUUGGAGUGUCUGACCAGGGGCCUGGCGGCUGACCAGGCAGGGCAGGGGCCCCAGGCCCUGGAGCUGUACAGGAGGGGCCGGCAGCACCUAACCCUGGGCCUGGAGGUCCCUACCAGGGGGCCACAGAACCAGGGAGCCCCCUGGGACACGGCCAGGCAGUUGCAGCAGAAGAUGAGGGAGACUCUAACUAACAUCAGCACCCGACUAGCAAACAUGGAGACAGCAGGGGUGGGGACGGCGGGCCAGGGAAGCCCAGCGUUGGUGGAUCUAGUGGAUCUCUCUUCCCAGUGCCUCUACCCCACCCUUGGGCCAUUGGUGCCCCCUCAGCCGCUGCCUGGUUCCUCCAACCCCCUCCUCCAUCUCUACCCCACACUGCGACCCGGGGCUACCCCAACAGACAUCCUCUCUGCCGGGGCUACAGGCAUCACCAUGGCCCCCUCCCUGCCCAUCCUCCCUGCCCUGCCCCUGGGGCUCCCAGGAGAGCAGCCCCCAGCCUACACCCCCCAGCCCACCGACGGGCACCACAGCCUGGCUUAUAGCCCAGCCGGAGGAGGGGGUCUGGGGGUGGGGGGACCUCCACAGCUCGAGGGAGGGCCAGGGGGGUACGUAGAGGAGCUUUUGUUCCUCCCUCGGGGGGUGCAGAUGUUUUUCGUGUCGUCGGAUGGCCAGGUGAGCGCCCCAUCGUACCCGGGUUAUCUACGCAUCAUCAGGUUGAGCAGCCAGCUCAAAGACAUGGCCAACGGAGGAGCGUCAGCCUUCCUACACGUGUGUGACUGGCUGUACCCCCUGACUCCAGACACCCCAGUGCUUCUGUCUACCUCUGGGAUCUUUAUGUUUCCUGACACCAUGGCGGGGAUACCCGGGUCCUACGUAGGUGUUGUGCUGUCCUCUGAACUGCCUGCAGCAGACAGACAUGCCUUUCAGGACCUCCUCUCACAACUCACUGAGCUACGGGUACAGGCUCCAGAGGAGGGGGCAGGGUCAGAGAUCAUAAACCUGAGUGAGAAGGUUCCCAUUGGUCCCCCUGUGGAGGGGGCGGGAGAAGGGACAUGUGAGGAAGAACUCCCCCUACCUGAAUGGAGCGAGAAGAUGUCCCAAGGCAUCCUGGCAGGUGCAUCGUGGCUGAGUAAAGGGUUUGUGCGUGGAGCGGAGGCCACAGGUAAGGCCAUCCAGAAAGGAGCGUCUAAGCUGAGAGAACACAUCACCCCAGAGAACGUCCCGGCUGAGGUCAGCCCUGGUGUCACCAAGGGCCUGCACCACGCAAAACAGGCCACCGGGGGCGCUGUUCGCGUCAGUCAGUUCCUGGUGGACGGAGUGUGUACCGUAGUAGGCUGUGUUGGAGAGAAGCUGGCUCCGCAUGUAAAGAAACAUGGCAGUAAACUUAUCCCUGAGUCCAUGAAGAACACUAAAGAUGGCCGCUCCAACCUGGAUGGCGCUAUGGUGGUGGCAGUCAGCAGCAUUAAGGGUCUCUCUGCUAUGUGGACUGGUUUGGAAACUGGAGCUAAGAACAUCGGCAAGAGUGUCACCUCUGAGACAGUCAUGACCGUGAAGCAUAAGUAUGGCGAUGACGUGAGCAAAGCCACGGACACGGGCAUCCAAUCAGUGAUCAACGUGGGCGUGGCCGCGUUCAACGUGGACAACUUGGGUAUCAAGGGUGUCCUGAAGACUGCCGGAAAACAGACCGCUAAAGCUGUGGUCAGAGAGAGAAACGAUACCCCGCAGGUCCCAGUCGGGAACCACAACCACAACGGAGGACCAGAGGAGAAAGAGAUGUGGGAGAGGAAGAAGGAUGAGGAAGACAAGAAAUAGAUGUCAUACUCAUUUAUGUGGCUCUUGUCUAAUUGGCCCCUAUACAUUUUAGCCCCGAUAUCUUUAAGCUGUGUUCAUAGGCCCCUAUAUCUUAAGAACCACUCUGUGUGCUAAUAGGCCGCUAUAUAUUUUAUCCCCUCUCUGUGUUCAUAGGCCCCUAUAUCUUUUGGCCCCUCUCUGUGUUCAUAGGCCCCUAUGGUUUAUAAGCCCCUCUGUGUUAAUAGACCGUGAUAUAUUUUAUCCCCUCUCUGUGCUAAUAGACUCAUAUCUUUAGGCCCCUAUAUAUUUUGGCCCCUCUCUGUUCAUAGAUCUAAAUGGGGUAAAUGCUGUACAUGUAAGAAUCAUGGUGAUAGCUCUUCACUGCCUCCAGUUUGCAAAAAGGAGCUUGCAUCAUAUUGUUUUUAAAUCUAUCCACAGACCUUUCGCUGUAGGGUGAAGUUGCCCCUAAAAGCUGAUCUUGGGUGCUGUAUGUAGACGACAUAACUGUUCCCCUGAAUGUUGGAGCCAUAUUAAAUGAAGGAUAUUGUUUCAUAGAAUGUGUAAUAAUAUAUAACAUAUUUGUAUCUGUGCCAAAAUAUACCAAUAUAUAAAUGACACCGUUGUUGAUUUUCCUCUGUGCGGUUUGUAAUUAAACUGUCUAUUUUAUUAUUCA